UUCACGUAAUAACUUCGAGUUGAACGCUUCAACCACAUUGUGCAACGCGAAGCAUUUCACUUGCGAGACAGCGGUCAUUAAUAAGAGAAAUCUUUAUCUUCAUUACUUAGCAAAAUGAUUUCCAAGGAAAUUAUUUUACUUUUGUGUUUGGAUUUUAGUUUGAGAUUUCUGGUUCGUGCUCAUGAACUACCAAAGCAGGAGCAUGAGCACUAUACUUUUACAGCGUUACAAGAAACAUUAAAUGGCGAGGUUCUCCUUUCAGAUGAUGUCAAUAGACUCCUCUCCAAGCUGCAUUUCUGGAACUGUUCAGACAGCAGUGCUGGGAUCGACUACAGAAUGGUAAAGGGAGAUAAGUUAACUUGUUAAAAAACACGAUCUUUGACCUUGUGGUUCGUUUAAUUUAAGGUAGGAAAUAGAUUCGCUCGAUUCCCUCCGUUCGUGAAAAAGUUAAUAAAACUCCUGUAUUCAAUACUCGAAUGAAGUAGCUCUUCUUUGAUAUAUCUUUAGCUAAUACCAAAGCAUCAAAAGAAUUGAAAUUGUCAUAGUUGUGCUUAGAAAACAUUAAAGAAAUAGAGAUCGAAUAACGCGUUUUCCCUGUCGUUGUUUCGCCGAGCACGCGGUUCCUUUGUCUUUCUCGUCUCUUUGAUCGAAUUUUUUGCUAUUUAGUGUCUCUCCACGACGGAUGUCUUCAAUUACGCUGGGUCAUCGGUUACACAGUUGAAUUCCAGCGAAUUUGUUGAAAUCAGUCCCAUGAUUGUUUACUGUCUGCUGCCUGCGCCUGAAAAGAACCCUGGUCGAUGUUCACCUCCCAAGAACCACAGCGAACUUUACAACUUCUUCGCAAGGAAUGUCAGUCAACAUGGCGAACACGGAAAUAUUACGCAUGAAGCAUUGGAUGAAAUAUUGGACAAGAUCAACUCGACGAUCGGGAAACAUUUAACUAAGAAAAAGGUGAGAGAAAAAAACUUGAAUCUGAUGUGUUUUCUUUUCUUUUUUGUACAAAAAAUGUUGCGCACCUAGUUGAACGUUGCUGUGCUUAAGGUACUUUCAGUUUUCGAUCGAUUCAAGACUUAGGGUUGAGAAUAAAAUAUACCAACAUGUUGCUUCCACGUGGCACAAAUGAAGUCAUCGCUUACUCUAGUUAAUUCCCUUGAAAUAGCCAUGUAAGCAGGAUUUUCUUUAAGGUUUUUAAUCAGCCAGAGCUUUUUUAAAGGUAAACGGUAUUCAUAUAUCGAAAUCCAACAGGGCGGACAAAACGUCAUGCCGUUCGUACUUUCCUGCCACCGCAGCAAGGCGUACUUCGCGUACUUCGCCGGCUACCGGCUCUUAUCUACAACCCUCAGUAAGGUUUUCACUGGGUGGCAUGUAAUCGCGUUACUAGUUUCAGACACAUUGAGCUGUCUUUACAUUACAUCUCUUAAAAAAACGUGGCGACCAUUGUGAAGCAGUUUUGAAGCGCAAUUACUUGACCGAGAUUUCUCCCCGUGUGUCUCUCUUGGAAGUAGUUUACAUUUAUUUGUAAUCUAUGACACUCGUAUCGUGUCGACGGAUGGUCUUAAAAUAAACCCAAACCCAACUUUUCUUUACGUAAAGCUUCAUAUCGUGUCGACCGAUUAAAAAAAAUACUUAAUGCGGACUUAAUAUUCAAAGUCGAGAAAAUUCGAGGGGAAGAUGUGUUCCAGCUAUUUUUCUAUAUCUAGUUGUCAUUUUAGGUAUUGGUGUGUUUUUCCACACGGACUUUAUACGUUUAAAAGGUUUUUUUACCAUAACUUCAGUAAGACAAUUUCUUUCUAAAAAUGGAAGUGCAUGCCCUGGCAGAGUGCCAGCUGCAGUGACAUGUUUUUUUGGUAUCAGAGAUUGGAAUUAGAGGCCGCAUUCUUUUCACGUGGAGCAAGAUAAUAGACAGGUGAUCCUGUCUUUUUAUCAUGAGAUUAUCAUUGCUGAUUAUUAAUUGUUUAAAAAAAUGUUGUGAAUUCUCAUAGCAUGAGGUAAGGUUAAUAAUGCUCUGCUUAGAAGGACUCUCCUUAUCAAGGAGAUAAGCUUGUGCUGGUUAAAAAUUGUCAUUAAUUUCCUAUCUUUUCAAUAGAUUGCAAUAGUGGCCAGGAUUUUUCUGGUCACAGCAUAUUUGCAACAACAGGUGGAGUAAACUUGAAAGAAUGCAGAUUAUGACUGAGAUGUUCUAUUCAGUCAAUGUCAACAUUCCACAAGAGGUUCCUUUUGAUUAUAUAACUCUGCAAUAGCAAUAGGUUUGAUUCUGAAAGAGAAACUAAUAUUUGUGGAAAGAGGAAGUUGUUUUGCUCACUUAAAGAUUUUAAGGGACAAAAGCAGCAGGCUUACAUGUAUAGAAGGUUAAUUAAACUUCCACCAACAAGCCUUAAAACGGAGACCCAUUUAUUAGUGAUCCCUGAUGAGUCAAGUGCUUUAAUUCAACUCUGAAAGAGUUUGGCGAUGAGAAUAGGUAGACUUUUUUAUGAGUAAUUGUUGUAAAUAUGGGCUUCUCGAAAUCUCCAGACUGCUGAGUCAUGCUGAUUUGCAUACCAUAGAACUCUCCAGAACAUUUCAUCAUUCACGCAUUUAUUAUGUAAAACAACUAAAACAGUUCUUAUGUAAGCCUCUGGGAUGUUCCAGAACACUUUGUGAAUAUAUAUAAAGACUCACUUAUGUAGUAGUAGGUAGUUGUUGUUGUUGGAGCAAUGACUGUUUUGAAAGCUAUACAGAGAGAGAGAGUUACUGUAGAAGAUUGCUCAUUUCAAGGAACUUUUGGAGACAGCAGUGAGAAUUUGUCAGUGGUGUGCAAGGAUAUGGUGUGGUGGUGGAGAUAACUAUUGUACUACUUUAAGGAGUCAUUCCUUAUUAAGAACAUUGCUAGCUGGUUAAUGAAAUAGUUGAGUUUGUGAGAUUGUAGUGUUUAUCUGCCAGUUAGAUUAUACUGUAACAACUUCUAAAGAGUUGGUUUAACUUUAAUGCAUAAACUUUCAGACAAAGGCACAUUUGAUCACAUCAUUACUGUGAAGAUCGCUUUCAUAUUCAAAGGCACAUUUAUAAGUCAUCAAAGUGAUCCUAUUCAUUUUUAAAGAUAAGUGUGGAAAAAUGUGCAGACUUAGUAUGAAAUAGUUGCACUUGCACUUGUAAGCUUUAAAACAAAGGUCCACUUAUAAAACAUCCUAAUUAAUUGUUUAUGGUCUAGCAGAUUUUAUGCAGUCAAAAAUUAUUAAUUGACAAUGACUGCAGAGUCUAAGCAAUGUGGCAAUUCUUGUUUAGUUAAGAGAUGUGGUGUUGUGUUGGCAUAAAACCCUCCUAGUCUCAGGGGAAUUAGUGUACAGUACAAGGGGUGUUAUCAUCAUCUGUUUGCUUUGUUUAGUAUGGAUACUAUAGGAAGAAUUCACAUGGAUCUAUCAUUUCUUGAAGUUGAAGGGUUUAAAAAAGCUGACUGCCAGCAGACUAGUUUGUGAUCUCAGCCAGUUACUUUGCACUCUGGUGGCUACUGCACUGAGUCUGUUUGAACAGUUUAACUUCUAGUAUUUCUCAUCAUGCAACUUCAGCUCACAAUUUCAAGACAUUAUCCACCAAACAUGUGAUGAGACUAGAAAAAGUUUUAUUGAAAGAGAGUUGUUUUGAUAUUGCACCAAUCUCUCAUCACUUAUUUGUGAAGAAAUGUGUAUUGGAGAGAAAGGAGAAUUACAAUGUAGUGAAAGAAAGGCUGUUUACUUGAUGAUCCUAAGGUACAAUUCAUCAACUUGUAAAUUAUGCCUUAACAAUCUUCCAAUUUUGAGAGAGUUAUAGAAUUAUCAGGACAAAACCUGAAUUUUUUUUUUGUAAAAUUUACAUUAGGAUUCUUAUUAAUGUGUCAAAUUGGGGACUGUGAAUAGUAGUCCAAUGGUUAGACAAGGAAGAAUGUGAAAUUAAGAAGUGACUGUUUUCUUCAUUUGUUCCUGUGGAAAAAGCUGGCUUACACUGUUGACAAGGUAGUUGCCUACACAAACUAGGUGAAUUGCUUUGUUGAAAAUUAUGUCACUUGUUUCAAACACCUCUACAUCUUAGUUUUUAACUACUAUGUUGUUCAUGUGUGAUAGCAAUAUACUUUGUUUCCAUAAGGCUGUCAACAGAAGUAUAAAGAAAGUGUGACAAGCAAACAAACUAUCUGAGGAGUCCUUUUAUGAGCAUUUGACUUCAUAUCAGGAAAAAUUUGACAGUGAUGUGUAAUUAAAUUCAUGCUUGUGAAAGUUUAUAAAUCUGUCUUUUUAGAUGAGUGUUUUCAGUUACAUUAGGUAGGAUAGUUUAUUGAGCAAUAAUCACUUGAUUGCUCACAGUUUUUUUGAAGGAAACAUGGAGCUUAAAUGAAAUCAGGAGGAAGCGUUAAAACAAAUCAGCUGAAAAUUUUCCUGUCAUUCUAUUAGUUGGUUAAAUGAAUUGAGUGUGCAUUUUAAAAAUAUUUCAACUCACUAGUUUUAUCAGAAUGAGCAUAAAUAUGGUGCUGUUGUUGUGUAGUUUAGAAGAACUGUAAUGAAUAGCGGUGGGAAAUUUAGGAAAAUGAACCAUUAAAAAAGACUGUCAAUCCUGAUUCCUGUAGAUGUAGUAACAGGAAAAAUGGCUGCUCUCCUACCCAGUUAUCUUUUGUUUUAAGGAGGGAAGGUGUUCACGAUGUGUAUUGUUUGGCAUAUAACUUUCACAGCUUUGAAUGCUACUUUACUUUACAUAGGUGAGUGUGAUUUAGGGAAAAUCUAACAGUUUCUUUGUGUGUGUGUGUGUUUUUUGUAGUGUUUUUCUGCUGAAGACAUUGUUAAAGAGAUUGAGGAAGAAAAAGAUCACCAUCAUGAAGAAGAAGAACAUCACCAUCAUGAAGGAGAACAUCACCAUCAUGAAGAGGAAGAGAAAACCCUUGACCUGGGAGACUUUCAAAGUGCCUGUGCCAGUAUUGUGCUACAUUUAGUACAGGGAUACUGCAUUGAAGAAGCCCAUGGUCACAAUAAGACCUCAUCUCUACCUUCAAGGGAGUUCUUCAUGAAUGAGCUCUUUGAGAACAAGACACGCCUCCUUGAGAAAGAUUUGGAAGCAAUUAUGAAAGUCCUAAAAAUUGGUAAAGUUGAGUCAUCAGGUGGAGAGGAUUCACAUAAUGGUCACAACCAUCGACGAAGACGAUCUGCUGGGUCCCUCUUGUCCUCAUCACUGGAAUCAAAGACCUCUCAUUCUGUUCAUCGCCGUGAAGUUGAUGAUCAUGCUCAUGCUCAUGAGACUGGAACUGUAAGGAACAUAGUUAUUGAUUUAACCUUUAACUUCCAAGAUCUGAUUGUUAAUUCUCCCUUCUAGCUGCCACACCUUUCCUUGUGAUUUAGUUAUUAGAAUUUGGUAGUAGAUCAAGAUAGCAACCACCUCAUAGGUUUGAUUAUUCUCUAAUCGUCAUUUGUUCUGAUCAGUGAGGGGUUUUGUUAUUGCUGAUGUUGUUUACAUGUUGGGCAAACUUAUUGUUGUGAAACAACAGUAUAAAAAGAGGGUAUGUUGUAUCAUUACAUUCCCAGUGUUACUCCCUUGAUGACAUGCUGACAGUUUUUGAUAUUGAUCACGAGACUGGUGCAGAUAAAUUUGACUUCAAAGAACUAUGCCCUGCUUUCAUUCAACAAGCCAAAAGUGGACAUUGCAAUGAAGCUGCUCCAACAGCUGGACCUAACACUGAUAGAGACAUGGGAAAAAGUAAGUGUUUCUAUGUAAGGCUGUUAUUUCAUAUUUAGCUACUUAAGUCUCAUUCUGAAAGUGUUUUUCAAUGCAUAGUUAAGUCGGCACUCCAAGCUACAACUCUUUUGGUAAAAAAAAAAACCAACUUAGCAACUUGACUGUCUGGUAAUUUUGAAGUUAGCUGUAGGAUUUAUUCUGCUCUGUGCUUAUGGUCUAAGAGUGUGAUCAAUGUUAAAAUGGUAGAGGUAAAGAAUCCAGUCCUACUGACAUGUCGGCUGAUAGUCGGCCAAUACGUUGGUCACUGUAUACCUUCUAAUGUACAAGAUGUGUCAGUGGUGUGUUGGUGACUUUGUUUGGGCCUUACUUAUGCAAAGCAAUGCUAAACCUUCCUUUUCCACAACUAUCUGUAAUGUCGUCUUUGGAAAACUUUCACUUGCAGUAUGAAAAUGAAUAAUUUCUUUUGGCCACCAUUUUGUUUAUCAUGUUAUUGGAACCCAGUCCCUACUCAGUUACUUAUCCUGACUGAGCAUUAGAUGAACAUUUCCCUUAUUUUUCCAUAAGAAGACCUUAAUAUUCCAAACUGACACCUGUUGUCAAGUUUUUAAAUUUUUAACACCUAAAACACUUCAAUUUUAUUAUGUUGGACAUUAACUUUUUCAAACAUGGUGGCUCCUGAAGGAGCCAUUUUUUUUGGUGACCAAGCCCUCUUCUUCCUCAAAAUGGCGAUGAUUUAGAGUUCCUUUUCCUAUGCGGUUGAUCUUACCAAUGCUUUGGUAGUGUGUUGGCUGAUGCAUUGGUCAAUCUUACCAACCCUUAAAAAAGAAAUAAUUGGGAGAAGACCUAGGUAUUAGUGUUUUGUUCUCAAAAUGGUGGUAAUUUAGAUAUUACCAAUAAGUUGGUAGUGUGUUGGCCAAUGUGUUGGCAGUGUGUUGGCCGAUGUGUUGGUAGUGUGUUGUUGGUGUGUCAGUAGAGUGUCAGCCGACGCAGUGGCUGAUGCAUUGGUAGGUUUGGAUUCUUUACCUUUAUCGUUAAAAUUAUUUAUGAUUAUUACACUUUAUCAGUUCCUUGAUUAGAAUUAGCCUCUUUCUCUUUUGAUCAUCCCAGUAUGAUAUGCAAAUGUUUAGCAUUAAUCUACAAUUGGCAGCCAAAGAACUUUCCCUAUGAUGAUCCCCUUUUCUAGGGCACAGACUCUCCAAUUUCUAUAGCCUAGUUUUAGAAUGCAACCACUCCCUCAGUACUGGAAUUAUUCAAAGUCCUUUUACAUUUUAUCAGUCCUCUUUUUAAGAGCAAUGAUGUAUAUCCUUUUAUCAACAUCAAAAUUUUCAUUUCCACAGGGUAGGUGAAUGUAUGGCAUGCUACACUGUUCAUAGCUCUGAACCAUUUCAUCUGAACCUUUUCCCAGCUAAGCUUAUUGUUAUUUCUCAAUGUUUAACUUUCAGUAUGGGGCUAUGGCUUUGUUUCUGUUACCAUCAUCAGUCUCACAUCCUUGGCAGGAGUGGCCACCAUCCCAUUUUUUGGAAAGAGCAUGUACAAGAAAGUCCUGGCCACCUUGGUUGCACUUGCUAUUGGAACACUGGCUGGAGACAGUUUACUUCAUUUGUUACCUCAUGUAAGGAUAUAAACCCUUUACACCCUAACAUCAGUAUCAAUAUUCUCCGUACUUUAUACAUUUUGUUUUGUACUGACAAGGAGAAUUGGUCUAACAAUCAAAGCUUUUUAGGGUUGGUCCAACAUUCUCAUGAUCUCUGUGCAUGAUUUAGCAGUAUUGAGAGCAGAAAUUAGAUGCUGAUCACUCUCAGGAUUUAAAGUGUCAAUGACAUCAUGUUGUUUAGAAAUGUUUAGUGGCGUUAUAACCAGAGUUUCAAAUUAUGAAAUAGGACAAUCUCAGUUGUUCAGUGAAUUCAAUUGAUAGCCUGGAAGGAGUUGCUCUCUAUUCUCUUGUUUCUAUAAGAAGUAAAGUAUUUCAUGUUUAAAUUCUGACAAACCUAAUAUUUGGGAUUGUUCUUUCAUAUUGCCUCUCUCAGUAUAGAAUUUAUAAACUAUGUUAUUUACCUGCAAAAGAAGACAUAACUUACUUUACCACAAUUACCCUUUUUUUCAUUAUGCAGGCAUUCGGUCUCCAUGCACAUGAAGAAGAAGGUUCCGGCCAUGAACAUCAUGAAGAAGAUAAUGGCUUUGUCUGGAAAGCUUUGGUUGUACUGGUCUCUAUUUACGCAUUCUUCUUGUUUGAGACUCUGAUGCAUCUGUGUUUGAAGAGUAAGGUUGGAGAACACAGCCACAGUCAUGUUGAUGUUGAGGUGGGCAAAUUUAAUACAUUAGACACUGCAUGUGCUAAAUACUUUGCCUAUUCCUCUGUCAUAUAUUUUAAUGGAAAAAUGAGAUCAGUCUUAGCAUUGUUCUCACUCUUUUUUGUUUUAAGCCUGAAAUCAAUAGUUUUUUUGUUAUCCUCGCAUGAUAAUACUGCUAGAAAAAUUUUUCAGCACUGAAACUAAGCGUUAUUAUCCUAUUUUUGCAGCUUCCUGGUCCUUCCAGUCGGCAUAUGAGUUUCAAAAAGGAGAGAAGAUGUUCCAGGUUGGAGCGCCGUGAAGGUAUACCGCCCAUUGCCGAUAAUCAUGAAGAAAAACCACCCAUGGGAAAUGGUGACAUUGUUUUGACUAAUGUGGUGAGUAGAAUAUUAAAAGCUUUCUUUACUUUGUUGGUUGGAGAAAGACCUGGGGUACUUUGCUCCACCCUAGUUAAUAUAUGAAUGUGUAAAUGGACACCUGUGAGCAGUUAAUACAAAAUUCAGCUUUUAUUCAUUGAAACACUUCACAGGGGUGCAUCGUCAAAUAUUUGACACAAGAGGUUUACUGGGGAAAUUGGGGAAGAAUUUGAUUAUGGGGACCAAUUUUUAUGUUUUGUGUGUAAAUACUACCCUUAGUAUUUAAAGGAGAUUAAGGAAGUGAAGGUAAAUGUGGAUCAGAAUUCAGAUGUAUAGGGUUAUAACAAGAUUAAGUUGUGAGUAUUAAUUAUAGAAUGCCAGCACUGAAACACUCAGCUCAAUUGAGGCUGCAUGAUGUCAGUAAAAUUCCAUGAUAGAUAGAUCCUCUAAAAGUCACCAGAUCAGAGUACAACGCAGAGGAUAUGGUGCUGAUGCUAAUGUUAAAAUUGAAGAGUUACAAAAGAAUCAUAAAAAAAAAUCCUGUAACCCUUUGACCUCUUAGAGUGACAAGCAUCUAAUUUCUCUUUACAAGAUCAUCCCAAAUCACACAUUAAGGUAAUGAGAAAGAAAGGAAAUGAUCACCAACUAAUUGAGCCCUUGAUUGUUAAAAAAAUUCUCCAUGUUAGCACCUUGGGAAAUGUGCAGAAAAAAGUGUGGAGAACACCAAUAUUUAUGUUAGGGUACAUUUUAAAUCUGAUGUGUGUAAAGUUAAGUUAAUCUACUUUUGUUUAAACUCUUAUUUUAAUGUUUAAACUCUUAGGUUGGUUGAAUUGUUUUGAAUUGAAGUUUAAAUGUAAACCUGUAAUCUUUUAUCGCUUAAGGACGGUCCCGCAGCAUGUUACAUCUCCAGUCCUUCGUGUACAUUUUAUUCACACUGUGUCUAUGAGUAUGUUUCUAGUUCAGACACUGAAGGGUGUGAUUGCCAGGUAAAGUGACAAUUGAUAAUGUCAUGUUGUAUUCAUAAUUAGGGGUAUUCCAAUGAUUAUGAUUGUAAAAGUUGAAUGAUCUUACCUCCCAAACUGUUGGUUCUGAUUUGGGUAAAAUUUUCUAUUGUAAAUAUGCUCUAAAUGUCUUAAAAGUAUAAAAGUGAUGUGAUCUUGUCAAAUUCUUUAUUGGAACUGUUUAGGGAAAGCUCGUUGGUUUUCAGCAUGAGAAAGCAUUGAAUUGUGCCUAGUACAAUAAUUACUGAAACAGUGAAAUUUUUAAAUGAAUGACUAAAGGAGAAUAGAUGAUGAGACUGAAUUCAUUUUAAAUUUUUAUAAAAUUAAUGAACUUUCCACAAGCAACGUCUCUUGAUGAAGGGCAACUUGAUAUUUUUUGUGUCUGAUCAACAAACAAUAAGACAUAAUUACCAGUUACUUCAUGCAGUUGCAAUUGGGUUGAGCACUGACAGAGUGGGCAUUCUGGCUGAUAAAUUGAUGUUCCUUUUAACCAGGGAAAUUUUGUGGGAUGCAAAAGUUUUGUAGUGGAGUUACAUUCAUGUGAAAUUAUGCAAUUUGCUCCUGCUCACAAGAUUUAAAAAUGUAGCCUGACAGAGCUCAUUGCUGAAAAGAAUCAUGCUGAAAUGUACUUUGUUCAGGUACAAAGAAUAGAUUUUUCUUUUAAGCAGAAUGCCAAAGGUGAGAUCAAUGGAGAUGCACUCCCUCAAGAUGCAUCAGGCAAACCCAAGAAAAGUCUUAAACACAGCUUGUCACGCCGUUCAGUAUUCAGUAACGAAGAAGGAAUGAGGAAACCUCUGAAAAAUAUAUCAACUGUUGCCUGGAUGAUCAUAAUAGGUGAUACUCUUCAUAACAUCAGUGAUGGUUUGGCCAUUGGUGCAGCAUUUGCCGAAGGAGGGAGUUCUGGUAUCUCUGGUGGCAUAAGUACAUCAAUAGCUGUGUUUUGCCAUGAGUUGCCACAUGAACUUGGUAAGAAAAUCUUUAUGGUACUGCAUGCAUGUAACUUGAUCAGUUUGAUAUUACUACAUAUGUGAAUGCCAUGAUUACCUGUUGCCUAAUGGCCUUGAGCACAGGCCAGGUCAUUGUGCUGUGUUGUUGGGUGAGACGCCUAUUUCCCUCUGCUACUUCCUACCUCCUGUCUUUGUUCUAGCAUACCAUGCAUUACCUGUAUCAUACCAAAGCAAAGAUGAGCAGUUAAUAACUGAACUUCUGCCAAUGUGGAAUCUACCAAACAUUGUACAAAAUACAGUUAAACUAACAUAUGUUUGAGAGAUGAUCAAUGUUUCCAUGCUCUAGAAUUCCCAGCAGUCACUAAACAGUUAAAAUAUUUAUUGCAUUUAAUUAUCAGAUUAUUUUUUCAAUGGAGUGAGUAGUACUGUAAUUUUUCUGUUCAAUUUGCAGGUGAUUUUGCAGUACUGCUCUCAGCUGGCAUGUCUGUGAAGAUGGCAUUGGUAGCAAAUUUUUUGUCAGCCUUGUCUUGCUAUAUUGGAUUGGCAAUUGGUAUCUCUGUUGGUCAACAGGCUGAUGUGCGGUUCUGGAUCUUUGCCAUUGCUGCAGGAAUAUUUCUUUAUGUAUCUUUGGUGGACAUGGUAAGAAAUAUUUUCUAUAGAAUUUGACAUAUUCUAUUUGCCGUACAUAAAGGGCUAUUUUUAUUAGAUAGGAUUAUGAACCCUAAAGCCAAAGGUGAAGGUUUUAGGUUCUUGGGUAGGUUACCUUGUUGUUUCUCAGGCAGGAGCUUGAGUGGGUACCAGUUCACUGUCAGGGAAAUCUGGCAAAAUGCUGGAGGAGGGGUGUGGUAACCUGAAGCAGACUUGCAAAAUAUGUAUGCCUUGAGAAACAAUACACUGUAGUUUUCAGUUCAGAGCUAACAUAACAACUUAUAUUUUUGCAGCUGCCAGACCUGAUGCACAGUGAGUCAUUGCAGACUGAACCAGUAGUAACAUUUGCUUGUCAAAACUUUGGUCUACUGCUUGGAAUUGCGAUUAUGUUGGUGAUAUCCUUGUAUGAGGAAGAUCUGAUGGAUCUUAAUUGGUAGUGGAU